AUGCCUCCAGGACCACACGCUGCCCUCGCCGAGGUCCUGGUUUGUUCUUCAGCCUCGGCCAAGGACAUCUCCCUCUGAUUCCCUCUUCCAAGACAUCCUUCAGAAGGAGAUCCGAGUCGUUCCCUUCUACAUACAAGGCACAUAUGCUUGUGCAUGUGGACUGAAGGGAGCACAGCCACCUCUUCUGACUUGGUUAGAGUGAUUUUCCAGGAAUUGCUUUGGCAUAUACAACAAGAGAAAAAUAUUCUUCUCUUUUUCCUGGCCACUCAAUGUGCACCACACAUUCAAGUGAAGGAAAAAAGGCACAGCUUCUUGGAUGACGAUGGAUAUUCCACUGGGCAGGAUGAAGGCAGAGUGUGUGACAUCGCCGCCACAAGGGUGCAGCGUGAUCUUCCUCAUUUUGCUUCCCAGCCAGCACGCUGCCUCCUGUAUCCAUCAUGGUGUUUGGUGAAUUUUUCCAUCGCCCUGGACAAGACGAGGAACUUGUCAACUUGAAUGUGGGGGGCUUUAAGCAGUCUGUUGACCAAAGCACCCUCCUGCGGUUUCCACACACCAGACUGGGCAAAUUGCUGACUUGCCACUCUGAGGAGGCCAUUCUGGAGCUGUGCGAUGAUUACAGUGUGGCUGAUAAAGAGUACUAUUUUGAUCGCAACCCCUCCUUGUUCAGAUAUGUUUUGAAUUUCUAUUACACGGGGAAGCUGCAUGUCAUGGAGGAGCUGUGUGUGUUCUCCUUCUGCCAGGAGAUUGAGUACUGGGGCAUCAAUGAGCUCUUUAUUGAUUCCUGCUGCAGCAAUCGCUACCAAGAACGCAAGGAGGAAAACCAUGAGAAGGACUGGGACCAGAAAAGCAAUGACGUGAGUACUGACUCCUCAUUUGAAGAGUCAUCUCUGUUUGAGAAAGAGCUGGAGAAGUUUGACAAGCUGCGAUUUGGUCAGCUCCGGAAGAAAAUCUGGAUUCGAAUGGAAAACCCAGCAUACUGCCUGUCUGCCAAGCUGAUCGCCAUCUCCUCCCUAAGUGUGGUGCUGGCUUCCAUUGUGGCCAUGUGCGUCCACAGCAUGUCAGAGUUCCAGAACGAGGAAGGCGAGGUGGAUGACCCAGUGCUGGAAGGUGUGGAGAUUGCGUGUAUUGCCUGGUUCACUGGGGAGCUUGCCAUCCGGCUGGUUGCUGCUCCCUGUCAAAAGAAAUUCUGGAAAAACCCUCUGAACAUAAUUGACUUUGUCUCUAUUAUUCCCUUCUAUGCCACGCUGGCAGUAGACACCCAGGAAGAGGAGAGUGAAGGUAUUGAGAACAUGGGCAAGGUGGUCCAGAUCCUCCGGCUCAUGAGGAUUUUCCGAAUUCUAAAGCUUGCCCGGCAUUCAGUAGGACUUCGCUCUCUGGGUGCCACACUGAGACAUAGCUACCAUGAAGUUGGGCUGUUGCUUCUCUUCCUAUCUGUGGGCAUCUCCAUCUUCUCUGUGCUUAUCUACUCCGUGGAGAAAGAUGACCACACAUCUAGCCUCACUAGCAUCCCCAUUUGCUGGUGGUGGGCCACCAUCAGCAUGACGACUGUGGGAUACGGAGACACCCACCCAGUCACCAUGGUCGGGAAGCUGAUUGCCAGCACGUGCAUCAUCUGUGGCAUCCUGGUGGUGGCCCUUCCAAUCACCAUUAUCUUCAACAAAUUUUCCAAGUACUACCAGAAGCAAAAGGACAUUGAUGUGGACCAGUGCAGUGAGGACCCACCGGAGAAGUGUCACGAGCUACCUUACUUUAACAUUAGGGAUAUUUAUGCACAGCGGAUGCAUGCCUUCAUUACCAGUCUCUCUUCUGUAGGCAUCGUGGUGAGUGAUCCCGACUCCACAGACGCUUCGAGCAUUGAAGACAAUGAGGAGGUCUAUAACACUGCAUCCUUGGAGAACUGCACAGCAAAGUGAGCUGGGUCAUUUGUGCCUGUAUCUUGUGUCCUUUCCUGGCUUUAGGUUAACACAGCUUUAUAAACCUUAAAGGGUUCGUUAAAAUCAUUUAAUUCUCAGGGCGUACCUCUCAGCCAUAGUUGGACAUUCAUUGCUGAAUUCUGAAAUGAGAGAAUUGUCUUUAUUUUUCUCAGUGAGGCCAACUAAAUGCCUUGUUAUGAAAUUUAUAUUUUACAAGGGAGAAUUGUGAUAUGUUUUUUUUUGAAAAAAAAAAAGAUAAAUGGCAUUAGGUGGGAUUUUUGCUAUGGCUUAUGCAUCAUUCUGUGUUUGUCAUUUACUCACAUUGAGCUAACUGUAAACCACUGACAAAUAGAAUUAAAGGCCCCACUGAUUGGAGACUACAUGCAUGUAAGAUCGACAAAAAGAGGCAAAGCAUGUAAAUCCAUAUUCACAUUCUACACA